AAACAUGACACGCGCUCCUGCACCUGUCUUACCUGCUUGAGCACAAACUCCGCAGGUAACUUCUCUCUGAGUAUGAGCCUAAGAAAUGUGUCUCAUCGCAAAAACCUCCAGGCUUCUCGGAUCUUUUGCUGCGGGCGAGUUUCCUCGGGGUAGCGCGCGGUCAUGAUGCAUCACAGUCGGAAAUACUCUCCUCCGCGACACUGCGCCGUCGGGUCCCCGCUGCCACAGCUCAACCGAUUACCGACCUCCCGUUUAGAGGAGGGCGAGCCGACAGAGAAAAAUUCGCCGAGAGCCAAAUCCAGAAUGCGCCACGCCAAGGUGAAGGCGCGGAAAGCUGCGUCUCCCCAGCGGCCGCGCGUCUCUCCAAAACCCGCACCGGUGGCGGAGAACGGAGGAGCCGGACAGCGCUCCAGAAAGAAGGGAUUUAAACCCCCGGACGUGCGCACGAUUUUCGAGCCUUCGGCGAAAGACCCGCGGGUGAAAGAGGAACGAGGAGAGGGACACGCGUUCAGCGAGGACGCGGCGCACGCCUGGUGCGAUGUGUGCUGCUCAUAUAUCUUUCAAGGCGGCCUGACCUGCACAGGUUGUAAAUACACAUGUCAUGCUCAGUGUCGUGAGCAGGUGGCGCUAGACUGUCAUCAGAGCGGCUCAGCUCAUCUGAAUGGAGUUCAGCUCAGUUUUCUCGCUCAGGAUCAUCUGAACAACAACCAGGCCUCACACAGCGAUGUGGAGAAAGAGAAGGAGCUGCGAACUCAUCUCACUUUUGAGGAGAUCAGACAGAAGGUGGACCGGUACAACAGAGACUCGCGCGACUUCUACAAAAUGUCACUGAGUUCCAAUGGCACAUACACAGGCUUCAUCAAUGUGCAGAUGGACCUGCGGCGGCCCAUUACUGUUAAAGGAGGAGGCGCAGGAGGAGUCAAAGCAAAGGAGGCCUUUUACCUGCCCCGCGGCUCCAUCAACACCCUGCACAUCAGCAACAGCAACACGGUGCGACAGGUGAUCGAAGCCCUGCUCAAGAAGUUCACCGUCGCCGACAACCCUGCCAAAUUCGCCCUUUACAAACGCUUCAGCAGAGAAGACCAAGUUUACACCUGUAAGCUCUCCGAGGAAGAGCAUCCUCUGUUUUUGCGUCUGGUGGCAGGACCGAAUACAGACACACUCAGCUUCGUCCUCAAAGAGCAGCAAACCGGUGAAGUCAUGUGGGACGCCUUCUCCAUCCCCGAACUGCAAAACUUCCUCCGCAUCCUGGAAAAAGAGGAGCAGGACCAGUUAUGCUCCAUAGACAGACGCUACAACACGUAUAGAGAGAAACUGGAGGAGGCCAUGAAAACAGCAGCGGGACGUCCUGGAUAAAGCCAACAUACAGUACACAGUAACAAACAAACUGUAGCGCUGCUGCCUCUAGUGGUCACUGUGUGUCAUGAACACUCAUUUCUGUGCCAACGGGACACCAGAAACUCACAGGAGUUAAAGCUGACCUCCCUCAAUGCACCCCGUGUGCCAUAUUUACCAUCGUUUUCCACUCUUUCACACUUAUUUCUCUUCCUUUACCUCUUGUGGAAAAAAUCGGAGCGUAUUUAAUUGACGGAUGCUGUGGUUUGUACAUAUUUCUGUUUGUUGUUUUAAUUUAUGUUCGUUUAUUUUACGGAAGAGUCUUAUUUUAUUUCAAACGCACGCAGAUGGAUGGGAUCGGGGAUUAGUUUUUAGUUUCUAAUUAUUAUUUGGUCUCUAUUAAAUACCAAAUGACUUAAAACGGACGUACCCAACCAAAGACAAUGUUAGGCUUUGAUGUGCUGUCGACAAAUGUAGAGCAGGCGGACAGGAAGUGUUUGUUUAUUAUUGGAUGCGGUGAUAUAGGGACAGGAUAUGAGAUGCGAGUUGCUAAACGGAUGGCAUCAGUGCAUUUUUUUUUUUAUUAAAUCAGAGAAUGAGAAAUGCAUUGUGGAUUAUGGAAGUGGUCCAAUUGGGAUUUGAGGAAGUCGUAGAUGGAAAUGUUGGAAAGUUUGCAUGAAUGAGUGUUUUUGGGGUCGUUUUUGGAGAAUGGUGCAUCAAAAUGACCUUUUCUAAAGCAAAUAGUGCUCAUACAUCAGUGUAGCACCUGCAAAUUUAAUAUAAAAGGGCGUCUUCAAGAUAAACGACUGAAUAUGGCAGUAAUUAAGAUGUUUGUUUUGAAAAUCCAGCCUAAAAAUAGCCACGUAUACUUGGCUGUGGUGUGAUUAUUUGUGCUAGUGAUUUGUGAGUAUACAUUCAUAUAUAAUCACACUGAUCUGCUGCACCAGGAGGAUGCAAAUAAAGUGGUGCAUGAUCUGGGGACGUAGCUGGAACUGUUACUGUUGUAAGUAAAUCGAGCACUACUUUGUCACAGCACACAAGGUCAACAUUUAAAGUGAUGCUUAUAUCAGUAGGUGAUUUUAAGAUAUGUGUUUAAUCUCUGUAUGCUAGUGCUGCAUGAUGGUUUUCUGAUUGGUACUGCAACAUUGUCUAUGUAUUGCGAGGACGUGGCGCUCUCUUGUGGUCAACUGCUGUAACUACAUCUCUGCAGUUUUGUCAGCGUGUGCUUUUUUUUUAAUAGAUUUUUUUCUGUAUUAUUAUGUUGUUGUUGUUAUUAGUUUUAUAUGGAAGCUUUUUUUCUGCCGUGGAAUUAAAGUAAAGGUAAUUGCGACUUUUUGUUUCACAAUUCUGACUAAUUUUCUAAUAUUUACGAAAUUGACGUCUUAUAUUUAAGACUUUCUUUAAAAUGCAACGUUAUUUUGUGCAACUUUUAAAUUAUGAACUCGCAAUUCUGCUAAAAAUUUAAGUUGUGAGAGACUAUGGACUUGCGUUAAAAUAAAAAAGUCUUAAUUUUCAGUAAAGUAGUCUGAAUUAUAAGUCAUUAUAUUAACUAGUUGCCAUUUUGGGACUUUUCGAAAGAGUUUAGUUUUCAAAAACGUGCCGAAAUGAUGAAAGAAGUCGUCGCAAAUUCCCAUUUAGUUUGAUGUCGUGGCAGAAAUGAACUCGGUUAUAUAAACCUCUAACCAAAGAUAUAGUUAUAAAGCGUCGUUUAAUUUAAGUUUGAAACCAAUUGCCUGGUGCAAUCAGUUUUGUGCGUCUCGAUAAACCGAGGUUAAAUUACAAUAUGUCUUGGCAACUUUAAUUGUAAACACUGGGGUCAAUAAAAAUUAGCUUAAUUAGCGUAUAUCGUUGUGCGAACAUCACGACAGUCUCAAACAAAUAUAUAUAUGCAACGGAAGAGGAUUUGUCAGGGGAAUAAGACCAGUAAUGCUUUUUCUGGGCACUUUAUGUUUGUCAAUUCAGGGAAUUAUUUGAUUAGAUUUUAUUAUUAGACUUCUUCAGAUGCCUGUUGUCUUCCACUGUUGUCUUUUAAAUGGCAUUGCAUCUAGUGGAAGGUCUUUUUUUUUAAAUAAUUAAAGCUGUUUCAGUACUUGAUUUUAUUUUAUUUUAUUUCAUAAACAAGCUUUUGUUUGUAGAGUAAGACUGUGAAUGAAUGUUAAACUGUAUUGAUGUGCAGUGAAAGGGUUUUAGACGGACACAUGCAUGUGUUAUAUUAAUUCAUGCGUACUUUUCAGGCUGUUUUAAGACAUCGACGGCCGUGUUUAGACCCACAAUUCUGCAUUUGCCAAAAACUCUCUCUUUUUGUUUGUUCUGAAAGUGACCUGCAUAUGAUUGAGGGUUUUAUGGAUGUUUAUGAAUGAGGUGAGCUUCAUUUUAUAGAAGUCGAAGAGCUUAAAUGAGCAUCUGUGUAAUCCUGAUGAAUCCUGAUGUCAUGCUUUUUUUUUUUUUUUUGAGGGUUUGUAUUGUUACCAAUCGUGGCCUUUCUUGUUAAAGACAUGGUUUCUUUAAAUAAAGAUGCUAAAUUUCUCAACGCCCUGAAGCCUGUUUGUGUUUCUGCUCACAUCCUGCUGUAAAAAUCCUCCCAUGAACACUUGAUCUAAUUUAUGAUGCAA